AAACAUCCAGAACGUUCCACUGUAGAACGAUCUACGAAACAUCUAGAACGUUCCACUGUAGAACAAUCUACUAAACAUCUAGAACAUUCCACUGUAGAACAAUCUACUAAACAUCUAGAACGUUCCACUGUAGAACAAUCUACUAAACAUCCAGAACGUUCCACUGUAGAAUGAUCUACGAAACAUCUAGAACGUUCCACUGUAGAACAAUCUACUAAACAUCUAGAACGUUCCACUGUAGAACAAUCUACUAAACAUCUAGAACGUUCCACUGUAGAACGAUCUACUAAACAUCCAGAACGUUCCACUGUAGAAUGAUCUACGAAACAUCUAGAACGUUCCACUGUAGAACAAUCUACUAAACAUCUAGAACGUUCCACUGUAGAACAAUCUACUAAACAUCUAGAACAUUCCACUGUAGAACAAUCUACUAAACAUCUAGAACGUUCCACUGUAGAACAAUCUACUAAACAUCCAGAACGUUCCACUGUAGAAUGAUCUACGAAACAUCUAGAACGUUCCACUGUAGAACAAUCUACUAAACAUCUAGAACGUUCCACUGUAGAACAAUCUACUAAACAUCUAGAACGUUCCACUGUAGAACAAUCGACUAAACAUCUAGAACAUUCCACUGUAGAACAAUCUACUAAACAUUCAGAACGUUCCACUGUAGAACAAUCUACUAAACAUCCAGAACGUUCCACUGUAGAAUGAUCUACGAAACAUCUAGAACGUUCCACUGUAGAACAAUCUACUAAACAUCUAGAAUAAACCAAUCUCACCUGUUCACUCUGCUGCUGUCUGUGUUCUCACCAGAGUUCUCCACGUUACGGAACACAGAACGCUGCUCUGUGGUUCUUCUGUUCCUGUUUCAAGGUUAAAACGUUGAAUCUCUGUGAGCUUCCAAUGACCUACUUCAGAUCGCUGCUUUCAGGGUUCUUUGUUCUCGGCUGAAGGAGAACCUGAAUCCUAGUCAUUUUAUUAGGAACCCACAACCGUUUCUUCAGACGUUCUGCUCCACAGUUCACCAUUCAGGCUGAUGUUCUCCUGCUCUGGUUCCACACCUGCUGACUGAACUGUUCCUGGAACAUGAGGAGGCCAUGAACUGGUUCUACAUCCUCAGCAGCACUCAGACUGAUAACAGGAUGUUCCACCACGUUCUACUUCAAUAUGAGAACCUGAUGAUGUCUGAGUACUUUUUCUGUGUUCCUCCGGUUAGAACUCUGAUAGGAUUCAGGAACUCAGUUUGACUUUUGACAGAAACAGCAGCUGAGUUUAGAAGAGGAAAUAAUCUGGGAGAGGUUUGUUUCUAAACACUAACAGAACCUGAAUAAAACCUGAUUCUUCUGAGGAACUUGAUAUUUGGUCCCAUUGCUGCCCGCUGAUUGGCUGUCCGACUGGGUCAGCAGGUGUCCAGGUGUUCCUUCGAUGCUUUCUGCCAUUUGUUGCCUCCGUCCUGCUCCGCCCUCCGCAGGAUUCCUGCAGCAAGAUGAUGAAACAAGCGCACCUCGGAGCUCCGACCUGCAGACAGAAGCUGAUCCGUCUGUGAAGGACUUUCCUCCGCAGUCCUCCGUCCUCAGGUCCUCCGGGGUCCAGGUGAGGAGAAUUCCCGACAUCCGUCUCCAGACAGAUUACGUCUUCAUCCUGGGAGGCUGUGAAAGGACGCCCCCCUGCGGUCCCGGCAGUCCUCUUUGCUACCUGCAGGAGCGGCUGCUUUCUGAUCCUCCAGCCCUCGCUCUGCUCCACAUUCCCGGCCUCUGUCGCCGCUCCGUGUCCCGGUGAACCGCAGCUCUGACAUCGGGAGGUACCGCAGCUUCUCCGUCGCUGAGGUGAGCCCGCUGCCGGCCUCCUCGUCCUCCUUCGCGGGUCCUCCGAGCACAAUGCGCUGAUCUGCGCUCCGUGGAAGGAUGAUUUCUGUGGUGUCCACGGCGGAGAGCGCUCCCAGGGGAACCGGCACCCCGGAGCCGAGUCUGUACCGCCGGAUCAGGAGGCUGUUCACCCGAGACCUUCUGGUGUCCCUGGCCCUAGGACAGGUCCUGUCCCUGCUGAUCUGUGCCAUCGGUCUGAGCAGUAAGUUCCUGGCUGAGGACUUCCAUGCCAACACUCCGGUUUUCCAGAGCUUCCUGAACUACAUCCUGCUGUUCCUGGUCUACACCACCACGCUGGCCGUCAGGCAAGGUGAAGGGAACCUAUUGGCCAUUCUGAAGCAGCGCUGGUGGAAAUACAUGAUUCUGGGUUUGGUGGACAUCGAGGCGAAUUAUCUGGUCCUAAAGGCAUAUCAGUACACAACUCUGUCCAGUGUGCAGCUGUUGGACUGUUUUGCCAUCCCAGUGGUCCUGCUGCUGUCCUGGUUCUUUCUCCUGGUGAGGUACAAGGCCGUCCACUUCGUUGGAGCAGGACUGUGCCUGUUGGGAAUCGGCUGCAUGGUUGGAGCUGAUGUCCUUCUGGGUCGGCAGCAAGGUCUCGGAGAACAGAAGCUGUUUGGUGAUCUUCUGGUUCUGGGAGGAGCGACGCUGUAUGGGAUCUCCAAUGUCUGCGAGGAGUUCAUUGUGAAGAACUUGAGCCGUGUGGAGUUCCUCGGCAUGAUGGGACUUUUCGGAUCUUUUUUCAGUGGGAUCCAGCUAGCCAUCAUGGAACACAAGGAGCUGCUGAAGGUACCCUGGGACUGGCAGAUAGGUCUUCUCUACGUCGGUUUCAGUGCCUUCAUGUUUGGCCUGUACAGCUUCAUGCCGGUGGUGAUGAAAAGGACGAGCGCUGCCUCGGUCAACCUCUCCCUGCUCACUGCCGACCUCUACAGCCUCUUCUGUGGCCUCUUUCUGUUUCACUACAAGUUCUCGGGCCUCUAUCUGCUGUCGUUCUUCAUCAUCAUCCUGGGCCUGGUCCUCUACUCCUCCUCCUCCACCUACGUGGCUCAGGACCCUCGAGUUUACAAGCAGUUCAGGAACAGUCGACCAGCCGGCGACCCGAGCCCGCUGAGUCCUGGAAUCCUGGAGCCCUCGGUUACCUACACCAGCCUGAGCCCAGAGUCUGGCGACGAGCUUCCGGUCCGAGUAGCGUGAACCGAUGUGGGAGUUCAUCUGUCAGCCUGGUGGACCAUUGGUCGGCCUCCAGGUUCACAUUUUGAUUGAGAGGAAUAGUGAUGGAGGAACCCGGUAACCAGUAGGUCCAGGUUUUCAUUUCAUGGCUGAGGGACGUCUUCAUCUCUCACUGACCCAGUUCCAUCAUGUAUGUACCGAUAGAUGAGCAGAAUGUACCUAAAACGCAUAAACGCGGUUUGAGUUCACUGUGAUCGGAGACCGUGAGUAGGAAGUAGUGACUGUAAAUGAUCAAUCAUGUAAAUAGAUUGUAUUGUAAUUUUAUAUCUGUUAGUAAUCUCUGCUUAAAACUUGUGUAAACGCUCAAGCUUCACUUCAUGACUGCAUUAAUUUUCUUUCCUAACAUCUGAUGGAAAUCCAUUUUUUAAUGCAGCUGUAUAAAUUCAGUGGAAGCAUAUGUCAUAAAUGACUCUCAGACUGACUUGUUGUUUUUUCACCAGCUGUGAUUAGUAAAUUCAGAGACUUAAAGAUCAAAACUAAUAAAUUUUACCUCCAUUGUUGUUGAA